UCGGCUUGUAAAGAUUUGUGACAGGUAGGAUUUUCUUUGUUACAGGGGUAGCUGUGGUGUACAAGAUGCCUGAGUCCCCCAAUGACGUCCCAAGCUCAGGGAGCUUCAUCACCCCACUUCUUCUCCAACCAUCAGCUACCACCCUUCUCCAAAAUUUGGAAUUCCUCCCCUUCCUCCCCAUUCCAAUUCCAAGCCUCGAACCAAUUGAAGUCCCCUCCCCAUCAUCGAUGUCAUUACGAAUACCCAAACCAAUCCCAACGACCUAGCAGCCAACCAAAACGAGGUUGCAACCUCGGCAUCUCCUUCCAAUACCGUCCCAUCCAUAAAUACCCACUACUACCACCAGCUCUCCCGUCCCUCUCCUCGAAAUGAAUACCUUCCGCAGAACAUACACAGCUCCUGCAGCACGCACAUUCCUCGUACGGUCACAGUUUCAGAAAAAUAGUCUACCGAUUGCUUGUAGGAGGAAGGCAUCAUCAGCUAUGUCGCAUAAUGUGCCGAAGCUCAGUGAUCCGUCGCUGUUGAAGACGGAUGUGGCGUAUGUGAACGGAGAGUGGGUGAAGGCGAAGUCGGGGAAGACAUUUGAGGUUUUCGGUACGUUGGGAGAAGCCCUCAUCUUUCUUCUUCGUUUCGUCUGGACGUGGUCAUUGAGCUUGUGGUUGGGAUGAAAGCUAAUUGUUCCCUACAAUAGACCCCUCAUCUGGCAAGUUCAUAGGCACAGCGCCCGAAUUCGAUGCCGCAGAUACACAGAAAGCUAUCGAUGCUGCAGCGGCGGCAUUUCCUUCUUUUAAAACGAAAACUGGUAGAGAGAGAUCGAAGCUGUUGCGGAAAUGGUAUGAUUUGAUGGUCGAGAACUCGGAGGAUAUUGCGAAACUUAUAACAUGGGAGAACGGCAAGCCUUUUGCAGAUGCGAAGGGAGAGGCUGCUUAUGCAGCGAGCUUCUUUGAGUGGUUCAGUGAGGAGGCUCCGAGAGUUUAUGGUGAUACUAUUCCGGCUUCGGUGGCGGGGAACAGAGUGGUUACGAUUAAGGAGCCGGUUGGUGUUUGUGGAUUGAUCACACCAUGGAAUUUCCCCGCUGCUAUGAUCACCCGGAAAAUUGGGCCAGCUCUUGCUGCAGGUUGUACGGUUGUGGCAAAGUCUCCUGGCGAGACACCUUUCACAGCUCUUGCUCUUGCGGAGCUUGCUCACCGAGCAGGCAUCCCAAAGGGAGUAGUCAAUGUUAUCAGCGCGCUUCAGAACACAGCCGAGGUUGGUGAGCUCCUCACUACUUCUCCAACGAUUAAGAAAGUCUCCUUCACUGGAUCUACAGGUGUUGGAAAGCUGCUUAUGAAGCAAUCUUCCUCAACACUCAAGAAGCUCUCUUUUGAACUUGGAGGAAAUGCACCUUUUAUCGUCUUCGACGACGCUGAUCUCGAUGUUGCGGUCGCCGGAGCAAUUACAUCCAAAUUCCGCUCAUCAGGACAAACUUGUGUUUGCGCGAACAGAAUCUUCGUUCAAUCCAAGAUCUACGAUUCCUUUGCCGAGAAGUUUGCUGCGAAAGUCAAGGAUUUCAAGGUUGGCGGUGGGUACACAGAGGGUGUUACACACGGUCCUCUCAUCCACGACAGAGCCAUCAGCAAAGUUGAUGCACAUGUCCGAGAUGCAGAGAAGAAGGGUGGAAAGGUCAUCCAAGGUGGCCAGAAGAUGCCUGAACUUGGACCGAAUUUCUUCCAGCCUACUAUCAUCACGGGCAUGACCACCGAUAUGGCGCUUGCAACCGAAGAGACAUUCGGACCUGUGGCAGGGCUUUUCAAAUUUGAGACUGAAGAGGAGGUCGUCAAAAUCGCUAACUCGGCUGAGGUUGGACUCGCAGGGUAUUUCUUCUCGAGGGAUAUCCAACGCGUGACGAGAGUGGCGGAGGCGUUGGAGGUGGGUAUGGUGGGUGUCAACACGGGAUUGAUCAGUGACCCUGCCGCGCCGUUUGGUGGUGUCAAGGAGAGUGGAUUCGGGAGGGAGGGGAGCAAGUAUGGGAUUGGGGAGUAUCAGGUUACCAAGAUGAUUACGUAUGGUGGGAUGGGACAGCCGCUGCAGAAGUGAUGAGGAUAUGGAUGGGAUGCUUGGGUAUAUCUUCAUGGGCAAAUGAACAAAAUAAAAAGUAAAAUCAAGUAUGAAAAAACUUCGGCUUUCUUUUCUAUAAAUCGUUCAUGUCCUCACCUCGCUUCAAGCUUGAUAAAGAGUAAUGCUUGGCUGAGCCUGCCACUUUGUCCCAGCUCCAAAUAAGCGAACUUCCCCUGCCUUCGGCAAAUUGUCAACAACAACAAAAACGUCAAAAGGCCUCAAAAUUUAUCCCUUAUCAAAAACCUGUCAACUCAUAUCUAUACGCAAUAGAUACGAC